AUGGGAAAUGGUGCUGGUGCCCACGGCGCUUUUGGAUGGUGGUUGGCCGGAACCUGGGCAGGCUGGUUGCAGGUUUCUUCUUUCCAGCCAUCUUUUAGUGCUGCUGUCCAUGCCAUGCAUGAGCAUGGUGCUAACAUCCAGCGUAGUGUUUUCAAUCUGGACUUUGACGCGAGAGUACCCAUUCCCCCCAGUCUCUUUCCUUCGGCUUAUAAGACGAAGGACGCAAAAGACAAGGACGAGAAGAAAGUAGACGAUAAGGAUAUCAAACUCAGGAAGAGAGACAAGUUCUUUGCCGGCGUUGCUACUGUUGCUGCUCUCGGAAAAGGCUCAUCCUCCUCCUCCAGUUCCUCCAGCUCUUCAUCCUCCUCUUCAUCCUCCUCGGAUUCCAGCUCUAGCUCCGGCUCCUCAUCUUCCUGCACAGACGAAUCUUCUUCAGCUGCUGGAGAAGAAACCGCCUCGGAAGUUACUUCUGAAAACACUUACUCCCACGCACCUUCCCAUCACGGUCGUCGUGCUUUCGCCGCUGGUGCUGCCGCAGGUUUAGCCGCUGGUCACGCCGCUCAUCACCGUCAAGCUCACUCCGCCCACACCACUGCCCAGUCUACCGCUGGUUCUUUGCCAAUUCGCGCUCACCCAAGUGAGAAGCAAUUCCAUACCGUCAACCACCACUCGGACGACUUCCACGUGAAGAACGUUCACAUCAAGGUUCCUGAGGUCGAGACCGAAGUCGAGACCGAAUCCUCUUCCUACGACUCCAAGUCCACCACUACUUCGGAGGACUUCUCUAGCUACAAGAACGCUCCUCGCGUCUACGUCUCUAACCCAACUUACGUUGAGCAAGUAGACGUUACUUUCCCUCAACAACAAGUUACCGUUCAGGCUCCUUGCAAGUCCGGUAAAGCCCCAGAAGACUGCGAGUGUCCACCACCCGUCGUCAUCGUCAAGAAGGAAAAGAAAGAAAAGAAAGAGCCCAAGGAAAAGAAGCCAACCAAGAAACCCUCCCCCAAAUCCUCCAAGAUGUCUGAACACUCCACCCGUCACCACCACCACGCUGAGUACUUCGGCCGCAAGGUCGAUGAAUUCUUCCACCCAGUUGAGACUGCCAAGGCCAACAUUGCUAAGUCUUACUACGCCAAGUCCAAGAAGGCUUACUCCCUCCCUGACGUUGACAUCACUGUCUCCAAGAAGGUCGUUGCCCCCAAGCCAAAGGCUGCUGUCGCUUCCGGCACUGUCAGCACUGACUUCACCAUCCCAUGCCACCACAUCCGUGUCGGUGACUUGGUCAUCCUCCAGAAGCGCCCAUGCCAGAUCAUCCGCAUCACCACCUCCUCUGCCACUGGCCAGCACCGAUACCUCGGUGUUGACCUCUUCAGCCACAAGUUGGUUGAGGAGAACUGUGUUGUCACUCACCCAUCCCCAUCCGUUGUCCUCCACAACAUGGUGACCCCAUCCUUCAAGCAAUACAAGGUCAUCAACGCUGGUGAGGAUAGCACCUUGGUCACUGUCACCGACAGCGGUGAGAUCAAGUCUGGAAUCGCCGUUGUUGCCCAAGGUGGUCUCUCCAAGAAGAUCAAUGAGGCCUACGUCGCUUCCCCAGGUGCCGUCCGUGUCCUUGUCAUCAGCGAUGGCGACAAGGAGCUCAUUGUUGACUUCAAGAAGGCCCACGGUGACUUCAAGCUUUAA